CUUCACAACAACUUACUAGAAAGCUGAAGACUUUGCUCCAGUGCCACCCUGAUUCCGUACAACGAACUUGCUUGCUUCCUCUCCAACUGAUACAGUAGAAGUGUACGUCUGUGUGGGUGCUGUAGUCGUAGCCAAAUCCGUUGUCGUCGGUAGCCUACUGAAUCCGUCGAGGAGCUGGCGUCCCAGCUGCACUUUCACAAGAAAGCGCGACGCCUGCGACCCAAAACCGAUUUCAUUGACGACACAAAGUUAGAUUAAACCCUGCGUGCCACGCCACUAGCCUCGAUGGAGGAGGCAGACGGCAUGGAUGAGACGAUAAUCAUUACCCAGGAGGCCAACAAUGCCGCUCACGGGGCGGGACCCGCCGCCCUGCUAAUCCAGAAAGACGAGGUCUACGGCGACUUUUGCCUGCCCCCCUAUUGCGCUGCCAUCGUCAACUCCGCGCCCUUCCGCCGCCUGGGCCGGCUGAAGCAGUUGGGUCUGGCGCACGUGGCCUUCCCGGGUGCCGUACACACGCGGUACCAGCACUCACUGGGAGUAGCACACCUGGGUCACAAGGUGGUACGACAUUUGUACGACACCCAACGGGGGGCAUUGGGGGAUGUGUUGGACGAGCGAGCCAUUCGCCACAUAACAUUGGCAGGCCUGUGUCACGACCUGGGUCACGGCGUGUGCAGCCACGUGUUCGAGCGGGAGUUCCUGCGAUCAGCGCUGGGCAUAAAGUGGGACCACGAGGCCAUGUCGCUUCAGAUGCUGGACCACCUGGUGGCGGAGUGCGGAGUGGGGGAGGAGGUGAUGGAUGCGGAAGACGCGAAGCAGAUCGGGCAGUACAUCCAGGGAGUGAAACCCGAGACACGCGCCCAGUUACCCGAGGGCAAGCGGUUCCUGUACGACAUCAUUUCCAACGACUGCAACGGGAUCGAUGUGGACAGGCUGGACUACCUGCAGCGGGACGCGUGGCACUGCGGAGUGGGCCCGCUGGCGGUGUGUACGACAAGCCUGCUGAGCGGGGCCAAGGUCCUGGCCGACCAGCUCUGCUACCCCGCCUCCCAGUGUGGCAACGUGUGGAGCGCAUUCGCUGAGCGGGGCCGCAUGUUCCGGCACGUGUACACGAGCGAACGCACCAAGGGUGCCGAGCUGAUGGUGGUUAAAGCUCUGGUGGAUGCAAACGGCGUGCUGGGUUUCACACGCCUGGUGGAGAGGGCGGAGGAUUUCAUCCACCUGGACGACACGCUCCUGGAUCUCAUCCUCCACUACGACUGCCUGCCUCGCCCCCUGCCGCCCGCCCACCCGCACGCGGCUCUCCUCUCCCGCCUGUCUGAGCCCGCGGAGGAUGCAUGGGAGGAGGACGGGGAGGGGGCGGUGGUGGCGGUGUGGAAGCCAGGGAGGGGGCGCAACAGCAGCAGCAGCAGCGGCGGCGGUGCGGGGGGAGGAGGAGGCGGGCGGCUGGGCAGGGCGCGGGAGCUGCUGGAGCGGGUGAAGGCGGGGGAUGUGUAUCCGUGUGUGGGGGAGGUUGCGCAGCUGCCGUACGGCGGCAAGCAGUGGGAGGCGGAAUUGGAAAAGGCAUUCACGGAGGCCAACGUCGCCUCGUACGGCAACAGCAACGGUGUCGUUCAACUAACACCCGACAUCCUCAAGGUCCACAUUGUGAAGCUGGAUUACGGCAAGAAGGGGGGAGCGAACCCGAUAGAUGGGGUUGGGUUUUACCCGGAUGCCCGCUGUACGGCACCCCGGCGUGCUGACGAGGCCAUGCUGGCGGGUCUGCAGCUGCCGGAGUACUUCGAGGAGCGCACCCUGCGAGUCUACGUCUGCACCUCGUCCUCCUCCCCCUCCGCCGCCGCCCUGCGCGCCGCCGCCUUCGCUGCCUUCACCCGCUGGUGCGAGGCGAACCGGGGGCUGCUGCUGGGGGCGUGGGGGGCGGCGGGGGGCCGGCAGCAGCCCUGCAGGAGCCGAGUCAUGCCCCGGCGGCUGGAGGGGGAGGUGGAGGCGGCCCUGUUUGGGCUGCCGGGAAUUGCAUGCGGGGCGCGACAGGCGGCGAUGCUCGCAGCCGACCCGCACCAGCCCCCAACACCCGCCAUGCUACCGCAGCAGCUACCGCAGCAGCAGCAGCGGCAACAAUACAAACGGCAAUGCAGCAGCCGCCACUCCGCCGGUCGCUGCGGUGGAGAUGAUAGCAACAACAACGGCGGCGGCGGCGACGGUUGCUUUGCUGGUGCUGGUGCUGGUGGUGAUGAUGCAAGCGCGGGCAAGGGUGUAGAACAGGAGCAGGAGCAGCGGGAAGAGGAGGAGGAGGAGGAGGAGGAGGAGAUGGAUGUGAUUGAGCUCAUGACUAUGAUGGUGGGGGGUGUGAAGCGAGGGCGAGAUGAGCUGGGGUCGCCAACCGCCUCCUCCUCGCCUGCCUCUUCGCCGCCCGCUUCCCCCACCCGAACGCGCUGAGCUGAUGUUUAUGAUGUUGACACGCAUCGGAGUUGCCGCAGCCGACCCGCAGCCGACCCGCACCGAUGAUGGUGUUGCUUGCACGCCAAGGCAGAAGGUAGCUGUGGCAGCAGCAGCAGGGGCUGCUAGGGGGACUGCUGAAUGUGGCAGCAGCUAGGGGCAGCAGAGUUACACAUGCCCAGGCGGUAGGACGACAACGGCAACCCGGAUUGCGGCAAGAUACGUCCGUAGGACGUGUUUGAAAGUGAGUAGCGUGGGGCGCAUGGGCCUCUGAACAAGGUUAUUCAAUCCCACACAUGCCCUCGGGGAGGCGGCUGUGGUGGCUGGGUUGCGUGGGCGCUGGCGGGGCUGCGUGCCCUCGGAUGUAGCCGCGGCGAAUGGGUUGCCCGGUGACCGUUGUUGUUUUUUGGGGCAGUUGGCUUAAAUGUGACUGAGCUCGUCUGAGUACGUUUUGAACGCGACCAGGCAGGCACGUGUUGUGAGCUAUAUAUUAGACGUUGCCUGUUGAAUUAUUACGGGACUUGUUGGCUUGAAUUCGUACAAUUCGUCGCCCUUUGGGCGACCAGGCUUGCAACCGUUGAUUGUGUUGUUGUUGCCGGUUGACUGUUGACGGUUGACGAUGUUGCUGUACAUGUUGUGGUUUCGGUGACCCCCUUUUGUUAGCGACAUGGGACUCCACGGCCCCACGCUCGCUCCUGUCGAGUAUUAUAUACGCCUCGGCAAAGUGUAGCUGUGUGUUGUUCUGUGUCAUGUCGAACAGAUGGUAGGAAUGCGGGCGGUUAGGAGCUGGUGGCAAGUAUAAUUUGGCAAAUAUAAUCUGGCAAGUAUACUCUGGCUUAUAUCUAUGCGAGAUCUUACCAGUGCAGACGCCGCCGUUGCUUUGUAGAAGGCUCGUAAGAGGGUACGGUGCCUCGACCACGACCCAUGGGUCAACAAUAAGGCUAUUAGCGCACACAGGAGGAUGUCUCACUUUUACUGCGUGUACCUGACGCGCGAGGGACCAUGGACGACGAACAACCGACCCAUGGGUCUGACGUGCAUUUUCGUUGAAGACCGGCCGUUGACAAUUGUUCGCGCCCCUAAAGCGUUCGUGACGUCCUUUGCGACGGUUGUGAAGGGGCAGUUGGGCAGGUGGCUUUAGUGGCAGACUUGAAUCAGGUUAUCAGGUUCAUUAGCCCUGACAGGUUCAUUAGCCCUGAUAUGCCUGAGGGCCGUGUACCUGUUAGAGGGGCUGCCGCAUGCUGGGCAGCUCUCCCAAAGCAGCAGCUGGGAGCAUACGGGAGCUGCUGUUGUGAGUGUGAACAUGUGAAAUGUGAUGCUUGCGGCGCCCUGCCGGCCUGCAGAGGCGCAAACGUCCGUGCAUGCAUGCAUUUUCGGUUGCUAGUUGCGGUAAGAUUGCUACAACCGAGGCCAACGUGUGCUACUGUGUAUGUAUGACAGCGCAGCACACAGGGGCACGGGAAACCCGACCUUCCGUUUGUGACAUGAUGGCGUGUUGGUUUUUGGUGGGUGGCUUUUAGGAGGGCUUGACGCGAGUUCUGUUGUUGCGCGGCUGGAGAGGAGAAGGAUGUGUGGGAAAACACAGCCUGCCUGCCAGCAGGUCAAAGAUCUUCCUAUAUUGGCUGCUGUCUCUUGAAUGGGUUGUCCUUCCAUUGUUGAAUGGGUUGUAUCACAAGGGUUAAUGAAUCGUAUUCUGGUCUGUUGGAUUCUGCUGGGCACACGCACGUCGCACGCCCGCCGAUCGGUGCUGGCAAGCAAGGGUCCUAAGCAAGGAACCAGCAGUGUAUGGGUAACGUCAUGUUCUAUCCACUCCUGUCGUUCCUUGUACACAAGUUGACGAGUGCUUGCCGACCGCCUUGGACUACCGGGAUGUGCACUGCGGUAAUGCUUUGACGUGCACAUGCAAGCUCCUUCCGAGUGGCACAUUCAGGGCUGCGAGUGACUCAUGCGCGAUGCGAGGCUCCUGCACCGUCGUACGGUAGUCAUGCGUACCGGUAUUACAGUGUUAAGAAGGCUGGUCGUCUGUGUGUCUGCUUACAAGACUGGGCGAUACAGUGGGCCCCCUCCGCGGGCCGCUAG